GUUUGUAAAAUUAGAUUAGAAGGCUUACUAAAAUCGGAGAAAUUAAAAUCGAUAGAUAGAGAGAGUGCAGCAGCAAAGAAAGAAGAAAAAUGAGCAAGAUUUCUCUCGAAGAUUAUCUCCAUUUUUUUCUAUCUCACAAGCAAUUCGGUCUCUCCCCCAAUUUCCUCAAUCAGAUUAUUCGCAUGCACGGCUUCAAGAAAAUCGAUAAAGUCUCUCAGAAGGUGUUGAUAGAUGCGGUGGAUAAAAUAGAUCUGGAGAAUCUGUCACGCUCCACAGUGAAAGAGAAAAACGAAAUAUCGUCAUGCACAUUGAUGAACAUGGAGGACAUCGUGGCGGACAUGAAGAAGCUCGACUGGCAGGAGUGCCGCGUCACUUCCAUCCAAUCACUCAACGCAAAAUCAGAUCUCCAAGGUGUAGCUGGAGGAGGAGGCAAAAGGAAGAGGAAGAGGAAGAGAGGUAGUAGCAGUGCAAGAGGUGCUGCUGCUGCUAUUGAUGCUCUAUCUACUACUACGGCUCUUGUUUGAUUCUCUCAAACUUCCUACUCCUGGUACCACUACUGUCAUCACGGUAUCUGCACAAGUAAUCGCUUUAUUUCGUUUUCUUCAGCUAAAUGAUUCUGAAUGCAUCGCAUAACAAUAGAAAAUGGACCUUUAAUUUCAAGCAGAUUAUAUAUAUUACUAUUUUCAAUUUCAAUAUAUAAGCAUGUUAAGUAAUUACAGUUAUGUAAA